AUGGUACAACAUAUAAGUAAUUUUCUCGCCACAGCUUUUCAUGAACGCAAGUAUGUUGACGCUGAAGAAGAGAAUUACCGCAGAAGCGUGUUCGACCAUAACUUGCAACUGGUGAAGGACCACAAUGCCAAGCACGAGAGGGGAGAGGUGACCUUCACACUGGCAAAAAACAAGUUGGGUGACCUGACUAACGAGGAGUUCAACGCCAUGAUGAACACAUACAAGAGUGGUCAACGUGGAGGUGCUCAUGCCAAAGAGUUCGACCUUGAUGUCGACGCACCAAAGGCAGCGACUGUUGACUGGCGUACCUCUGGCGCUGUGACCGGUGUCAAGGACCAGGGACAGUGCGGUUCAUGCUGGUCCUUCUCUGCUACUGGUUCACUGGAAGCUCAGCACUUCUUCUCUACCGGUAAGCUCAUCAGUCUCUCCGAGCAGCAACUGGUAGACUGUGCCAAUGGUAUCUACUACAACCAAGGCUGUAAUGGUGGCUGGGUAGAUAUGGCCUUUGAGUACAUCUACGACUAUGGCUCCCAGACCGAAGCUUCAUACCCGUACUAUGCUGUGGACAUGAGCUGCCGUUACAACUCCAACAGUGUUGCUGCUACACUGAGGAACUAUGUUGACAUUCCACAAGGCAGUGAGAGCUCUCUAUUGUCUGCUUCUGCCUCAGUGGGUCCCAUCUCUGUGGCCAUUGAUGCCUCUAACUACUCCUUCCAGCUCUAUUACAGUGGUGUGUACUAUGAAUCCUCGUGUUCAUCCACCAGCCUUGACCACGCUGUACUCGUAGUGGGUUAUGGUACUGAGUCUGGCUCAGACUACUGGUUGGUCAAGAACUCCUGGGGCACCAGCUGGGGAGAGUCUGGCUACAUCAAGAUGGCCCGCGGCAGGAGCAACAACUGUGGUAUUGCCACUGAGGCAUCAUACCCAGUGGUGUAAUAACCAGACUCUAUCUACCUGCCACUGAAGCUUCAUACAAAGUGGUAUAGUUAUCAGAGAUCUUCUAUUCCACUAGAGCAAGUGGAGGCUGUUGUAUUUCUCAGUGGCAUGAGACAACAUGGACACUUCAGAAAGAACGUUUGUUCAUCUUUGUUCAUGGAAUAUCGUCUCAGAAUAAAUAAUAACUAAAA